CAACAAUCAUCAUGUCAGUCCGGAAAUUCAAUGCUUAUCCUAUCGAUACUCACCUUCUCCAUACCUAACAAUUCCAAUUGAAGUAUUGAGCAACACCACUAUCAUUAUUAAUUACCUACUGAUGAAUCCCCAUUCAACUUAUAAAAAUCAAACCUGAGAAUCAAAAAGCUUACCUGUCUGACAAGAAAAAAGAUAAUAAAAGUCCACCUCCGUAAAAGAAAGAGGCCCGUGAGCCCCUUUCUAGGUACUUACUUAUUCUCAUGCCGUAAAGGCUCUCCUUCCCCGGAGAUCAGUUGAAACAACAAAGACGGCACGAUGAACCGCAUCGACGCCUCCGCUCACUACAGCGAGCCAGCUUCUACCGCCAGCCAAAUACCUUCUCUCCUCACCAUCGUAGUCGACACGAACCCGCGCGCCUGGGCCGCUAUCGCCGACCUCCUUCCCAUCUCCAAAGCCCUAGCCAACCUGCUCGUCUUCGUCAACGCUCACCUCGCAUUCGGCAACGACAACCAUGUCGCUAUACUCGCGGCGCACCCAAACCGCGCCGUCUGGCUGUACCCCAAGUCCCCCAACCCCGACUUCCGGGCCGCGCCCUCGCGCGCUAACGGUGACGUCGAUAUGCCCGACGUCGACGGGCGACAGCAGGACGGCGGUGUCUCGGCAGAACUCGGCGGUUCCGCGAACAAGUUCCCUUUGUUCGCCCAGAUCGAGACCUCCAUCCUGACUUCCCUCCGCUCCCUCAUCGACAGCACCUCGCCUUCCGACCUCAACCCCACCACCCUCGUAUCCGGCGCCCUCACCCUGGCCCUCUCUUACAUCAACAAGAUGCGCCAUGCCCUCGAGCCGGCCAAGACGUCCUCCGACCCCGCGAACCCGACCUCCACAGCCAUGGCCAGUAGCGGCGGCGGCGGCUCCUCCCCCUCUCCCGCCGACGCGGGCGCCGCGACCCUGCACUCGCGCAUCCUGGUCCUCUCGGUCUCGGACUCGGAGCCCGCGCAGUACAUCCCGACGAUGAACGCCGUCUUCGCGGCCUCGCACGCGCGCAUCCCCGUCGACACGCUCUCGCUGUACGGCGCCCCCACCUUCCUGCAGCAGGCGGCCUUUAUCACGGGCGGCACCUUCCUGUCCGCCGCCGGCAACCCGCGCGGCCUGCUCUCGUACCUCAUGUUCGGCUUCCUCGCCGACGCCGACGCCCGCCGGGCCCUCGUCACCCCGACCCAGGACUCCGUCGACUUCCGCGCCGCCUGCUUCUGCCACCGCAACGUCGUCGACACCGGCUUCGUCUGCAGCAUCUGCCUCAGCAUCUUCUGCGCCGUGCCCGACGGCGCCGAGUGCCUGACCUGCGGCACCAAGCUCGCCCUCGGCAGCUACGGCGCGAAGCCCGCCGUCGCCCCGCGCAAGAAGAAGAAGAGGAAGAUUCGCGCUAAUGGUACGGGGGCUAGCGAGGACACGGCCAGUGCUACAGGGACACCUGUUCCUACAUAGUGAAGGAGGGGAGAGGGGAGGGGAGAGGAGAGGGAUCGAGAGUCUUAUCUAUUGUACCAAUACCCAAAUCAUCAUCGUCGUCGUCUUUACAUGGAAAACCGGUCUGGUUAUAUCAGUGGGGUUGGAGUUUGCAUACAAGGAGUUAUGUCAGGCAUGGAAUAAAAAAAAUCACGAAUUCAGAAGCAUUAGGUAUAGUGAUGAGACAGUCAACUUGGGCGUGCUUUGAAUUUCUAG